AAACGUACCUUCGUCCUAAAGUAAAAUUAAAAAAAUAAAAUUUCAAUUUCUGUCGGCCCGCAAUCUCUCUAUUGUCCUUGUGCAUGCCAUUGUAGUCUGUAUUGUAUUUUCUCUGAAGCAAUUGUCGUUUAGUUUCCUUUUGUUCUGUUCUCUCUCCUUCUUCUUCCAUGGCCAAAGCUAGAGUUCCGAGGAGACCUCUAGAGUCUUACACAGUCAAACACAUCAACAAGACAAUUAAAGCUGGGGAUUGCGUGCUGAUGAGACCAGCGGAUCAGUCAAACCCGCAAUACGUGGCAAGAAUCGAGCGGAUCGAUGCUGACGCACGUGGUGGUAAUGUGAAGGUGCUUGCCAGGUGGUACUACAGGCCGGAGGAGUCGAUCGGAGGGCGGAGGCAGUUCCAUGGAUCUAAGGAGCUCUUUUUGUCCGAUCAUUACGAUAUGCAAAGCGCGGAUACCAUAGAAGGAAAGUGUACGGUCCAUAGUUUCAAAAGCUAUACCAGGCUUGAGGCCGUCGGAAAUGAUGAUUUCUUCUGUCGUUUCGAAUAUAAUUCCCGCACUGGUGCUUUCAAUCCUGAUCGCGUUGCUGUUUAUUGCAAGUGUGAGAUGCCUUACAAUCCAGAUGACCUAAUGGUUCAGUGUGAAGGUUGCAGUGACUGGUUUCAUCCUGCUUGUAUAGAAAUGACAGCGGAGGAGGCUAAAAGACUCGACCACUUCUUUUGCGAAAGCUGUUCUUCUGAAGGUCAGAACAAAUUGCAGAAUUCCCAUUCCACUUCCAGGCCCUCGGAUACAAAGGUGGAUACAAAACGACUCCGGAGGUGAAAAAGAAAAGUACAUAAAACCUAGCUUUUUUUAGUCCCGACACUCGUUUUCUCACUGUUAACCAUGCAGUAGGCUUGGAGCAAGGACGGUACAUGUGCAUUGAAAUCUAUAGCCUCGUAAGUUCAUAAUCCUCGAGUCGACAUUAACUGGUUUGAAAACAUAUGCCCUGUAGUUUGAGGGCCAGACAGUAGAAAGUCAACAUUGUGUUUGGUUGUGUGUAUUAAGAUGUAGGUUUCCCUUCAUAUCUCUCUGGUUUAUAUUAGGGUUGUGGAUAAUCAAGAACUGUUUUUGUAAAUUAAAAAUGGAGCCAUAGAUUUUCUGGGUUUUGAUAG